CCUUUCUAGGUACUAGGCAAAUUGAUCAGCUUUGUGUUAGUCCUUUACAAUGACUGGAUCAGUUUUUCCAUGAUUAUGAAAGCAGACUACACUAUAAUGGUCAUAACUAAACUACCGUAAUCAGAGAAGUCUUGCUAGUAACAAUGGUCUACAGAAAGGUUUACUUAACAGCAAAUCUUUGGAGUUCUAAACUCAGAUGAACUAAAGUGUGACCACUGCAUAUAUUGCCAUGGAAAUUUUCUUCAAAAUAAUUUAGUUGUCUUUUCCUAUAGGUUUUUUGCUCUUAAAUAUGCUGCAGAUGCUGCUUGCACCGUAUUAUGGGUAGAUCAGAUUAUAAUGGCAAAACCAGCUGGUGGUCCGAAAGAGAGAGCAACCUGCAGGAAUGGAUGAGGUCUAGCAUCUGCACUGAAGUUGAUCAAUUGUCUUGAUAUUGUAUCUCAUUGAGCUGGUUCUGAACUUGUUUAUGCAUCUCUUGUUUUCUUUUGGAUGCCUAAGAACUUUGGCUUGGAAAUUUUUCUCUUUUUUUUUUUUUUUAAAUUUCAAAAAAGAAAAAUUUCUUGUUCUU